AUGUCUAAUGGCAGCAAUGUACCAAGGAGGCCAUCUGGCGGACGGCCGCUCCCAAAACGUCUGUUCUCGAUUGACUCACUCAGAAAGGAGAAAUCUGGAUCAGGCUCGGAGUCUGACGCAUCCACUUUCACCAAGGAGCUCGGGAAGCCGCGUACAGGUGUCGCCAUUUCCACUUCCGAUAACAUGGGCGUUGCGGGAAAUGGCAUGGGAGGAGAUCUUGAUCAUGAAACACCUAUUGGUUGGACGGACAAAGAGCAGGUUCGGUCUCCAGAUGAGCUGAAGGACAUAUCAGAAUCAAACGUGAGCGCUUUAGCCAUGGUCGCCCCAGCAAGAAGUGCACCACUGAAGCUAGGUGGAGGUCGCAGGACUGUGUCAGGGGGAGAUGCUCCUCUCCCCUCACCCGGUCGCCGGAGAUGGGACACGCUGCGAUCGCACGUCUUGAACAACGCUGCUAAUGGUCCGGCCCCUCCUAUGCCUCCAACGCGCUCGACAACUCCAGUAGUAUCUGGCACCACUACACCACCCUCCUCAAGACCUAGUACGCCUCGACCAUAUCGCUUUGGGCAGAAGAUCUUCCGUCAGGUGGUCGAACAGGCACGGGAGGUAGCCAUCGACGAGCACCGCAAAUUCUCUGAGGAUAUCCUGAAGGCAUGUUGGAGUGUACGGUUCGGCGAGGCCUGGAUGGCCCGUCAGAAACCAGAGCGCGAGGGCUCACAAAACACUCUCGGAUCAACUGUGCAUCUCCCGUUUAUGGCUUCUACUGCUUCCCUUCCUACAACGGUCACAAGUCCAAGCGUGGCCUCCCUACAGAGUAUACGAAGGCAGGAUUCGUCACAGACGAUCUUUGUCGAUUCUCGGAGGAUGCCAUCCCUUGUCCAUAUUCACAACGUUCUGACAUAUGUGACAUCCACCAGCCGACCCCCAAUAUUACCACACGAAUCGGAUGUGCUAUCGGCAUUGCUGGUACCGUUCUUGGGUCCUCAUAGGUUUGAACAACUCGGAAACGAGCAGCAGAGCGCUGUAGGCAUUUUUGAGCAUAUUGUGAGAACGUGGAGAGCGCCGUCGAGCGAGGUCGAGCUGGAACGCUGCCUGUGGUGUUGCAACGCGGCAUCCAUCCCCUCGACUUCACGUGUACGAAUUCUAGGGGUGUUGUCUUCCAUUCUCUUCUCUCGGGACAGGUCGUUCAGUCCAGACACGCCCACAAUAUUCCAGGCGCUCUUCCACGGAAUGUAUCACCUGCUGAUGUGUGUUGCGUUAUCGCCAAACUCUCUUCCGGAAGUGGAUUCAUUGAAGGCGUACAUCGUGGCCAUUUGUGAUGGUCAGUGUGGUUCACCGUCCCCGCCGCUACUCGAAAAGAAAUAUGGAGUGAAUUGGUCUGAAAAUGACAGCGGUGAUACCAUAACACGGCUGAUUUCGACUGAAAGCCUUAUCAAAUGCCUGGGGUAUGGUCCCGAGUACAAUCGCAAAUGGAUGCUGCAUAAUUUGCUGGAGGAAUUCUGGCCAGCUAUAGAGGUGUCGGCGAUUCCAACACCUCUGGUGACCUGCAUCCAUUUGUACAAGCUCAAAUGUUUCAUUGAAUCGGCUUCUGUACUAUUGUUCUUGUCUCCGAUGGACUCAGCUACACAACUCUCUGAUGCUUCUGCAAUCAGCCGAAUUUUAUUCUCCCGUGUUCUGCCUGAAAUAGACUUUAUACGUGACGGUGACAUUUCAGAUACAAGACAGUCCGUUGUCCGACUAGCCAUUGAUUUAUUGUCAGUUCGAGGAUACAGCGAACGGGAUAGUGUAUUAGCGCUCCUAUCCCGUUUAGCUCAAGACUCCAUGGAUUGGAAGUCACAGUUCGAGGAUGCUGUUAAAGAUUUGGUGGCUAAUGCAGAAUGGCCCGCGAUCAUUAGAAGCCUGACAGCUAUUACACACGAUUAUCAUGAGGAACUUCGCAAGCACAUGAUAACUCUGAUACUCUCUUCACUACCUGAUCGGCUUAUGGCAAACACUCCUGGGUAUCCUUGUCAACCGCUCUCUGAUUUUAUGGAUGUUGCAUCGCGCAUGCAAGCAAAAGUGUUUUUCAAACCAAUCUUCUCUUGUGCAGCAUCUGGCAAAGACGUUACCCUCAGUUACCAAAUUUGCGUGCUGAAUUGCCUCGCCAGAUAUCAAUCGGACUUUUGGUGCAGAGACGCUGAGAUGAUGUCGGUCGCAAUCAUGAGCGAUCCUGCUGGUAUGAAGUCGAGGCCUGAAAUAGCAAACUCUCUAUGGGCAAAACCUCGCAUAGGCCAGUCAGCUCUACUUUUGGAACUGAUCGCAUUUCUGCGAGCGUUGCGCUCUACUAAAGACUCUCCAAUAACUUUGAUAGGUAUCCGGUUCGCCAUUAGUCUUGAAGCACGCCUGGGUGUUCUCAUUCGAACGAAGGAGCAAACACUACGCAUACCUAUGUCGCAGCGGAACUUGUAUUGUGCUUUGUUUCAUGAAAUACGGCUUCUCACUCGUUCACCGAAACCAGCACCUUGGCUUUCCUCCAUUAUUACGUGGACUGAGCAGAUAACUGAAAAUGUCGCUGAAAGCGAGGAAGAGGACGAAUUCAUGGCCAGUUUUACUAAAUUGCGUGCGCUGUAUUCCCAUGCCGAAGAUGCUCUUCAAGGCGGAAACAAACGCAGAACGACAGCAUUCUUAUCGCCCGUCGUCGAUAGUCAGCAUGGAGCAACCUCUUCUGCCGACAAUACUAUCUCCAAUCUACUCGCUGACAGAACGGCCCUACUUGAUUCCUUAAGCCAACCGCUCGAAGUCAUUACAUCCCCGCUACUAGUACUAGUUUCUGGUCUCCUCGACGCCGGACAGCACGCCAUCCUUUGCCCGGUUAUUUGGAAUAAAUGUUUAGAUAACCCCGACGUUGCUAUCCAUGCGUCGACGAUCUUUCUGUUCAUGCAAUGUGCAGAGAGGAGUCAGAAUGAACUCCUCCAGCUUAUUGAGGGCGAUCUCAACCAUGAGGAUCCUAUUGUUCGCCGUACGGCAAUAGAAAAGAUCGGGUCCAUCGCCAGUUGGCGGUUUCAAAUUCUAUCUCAAGACGUGAUAUUUGACCGGAAUUACCGUCGACCCUUCAAGCUCACACGUCCGCAGAUCAUGUUUGUGCCAACUGAUAUGGGCACCAGCAACUUCGUCAUUGACGAAGACGUGUAUGAAUUUAAAGACAGCCAUGGGCACGUACUUCCGUUGGAAUUGCGUCGGCGUCUGGCGGAUAUUGGUUGGGAUGAAGAAGAUCGAGUGGUGGAUCCCAAGACGCAGUGGAUUAAGACACCUAUGACUCUCCUACCUAGCCAACAGCUGGUCGUCCUAGAUGAGCAAGACGAUUUCUCAUCCAUCGUAGAUUCAUCACACCGGAGUCCGCAACCAUCCCCAGUCAGUUCACCAUCACAAGAUAAACUUGUCAGACGAGAGUCCAGUACAACUGGUCUACGUGGCGUCAGACGCAGACCUGUCUUCGUUCUGAGUCUGAUACUCCUUCUUCCUCGAUUGAUCACAAUGAUCAAGGAUACAGACUUCACGGUUGCUAGUUCGGCGAGACAUCUUGUCCUUGACCUGAUGAGGGACGAUCCUUCGUUACUAACCCGAUUCUCGUUCCAGUCAAUGACUGAGAACGAGACAUCCCUCAUCAACGCUAGCUCUAACAUUGCAGCAUUGUUGCACGUCCAGCAUGCCCUACCACCGGUGAUGGCGCACCAUUUGUUGAAUCAUCUCGCUGGUUUCCUGAAAUCGUCAAGUCGCGAGAUCGAAAGCACGAAUACUCUCCAGAGGCUUGCUUAUUCAGUUCCUGCGAUAUCUCGGCUCGUGAUGCAAGUUAGCAAGAUGUCCGCUCGCGAGCUACGACGUGCCAAAGUUGACACAUUCCUUCUCCCAUCUGGUUCCUUGUGGUUCACUACUUCCGUCCCGGCGUCUUUGUCGGAUGCCCUUGGGUCAGAAGAUCACCACUCUGAAUCUCUGCAGCCGUCCCUUGUUUGGGUCACCUUAGUCAGGACUUCUCAGAACCUGCUUUUUCAGCGCAUGUUGGAACGAGACCCUCAAGAACUGAGGAUCAUCAGGAAAAGCCUUACUCGGUUGGUAUUACCAUCUAGGAACGUAGACGACGCGGGUGAUGGGUUUUUGACACUCAUCGCCUUUGUUCCACGAAGAAAGCAAGGAACUACUCUCGAUCCCAGCUUAACAGCAUUAUCGUUGACUCUCGCUCGCAGUUAUCUGUUACUCGAGCUUGCAAUUUUGGUGGACGGUCUCAAUCGUGUAUUACUUACCCACGGCGAUGACAUUGGAAUCGUGGGUCAUGCACUGCUUGCGAGCACACGUUUUAAGCGGAUGUUCAUCUCCGGCGGCGCGUACGCUCUGUUCAUGCCGGCCAUCUUCAAAGUAUACACCGAAGCAGAGUCUCAUCCCGGGAUUAGGACAGCAAUCGAAUACGCCAUUAAUCGUUUCUAUGCCCUCCAUCAGGAGUCGUUCGUCUUUCAGAGCUUCGAUGCCAUCUCCCACAUGUUCAUGUCUCCUGACGUCGACCAUACCUGGUUGGCCCAAAAUGUCUUUUCGCUUUUCUCCACUCUGAAAGGUGGCUCUGCACCGUCGGCUCCCGACGUUGCUGGUAUAUACGACCUGAACAAGCUCCAGGAACAAGAGAAUCGCAUGGCAGCCGUCGCGGAAGAAGUUCCACAAACUUUCCUCGCUUCUCUGCGUAAAGCCCCUUCAGGCAAAAAUCAAGUGACUUUAAUCCUUCCGGAGGAAUUCGAAUGGAAGCGCCUCGGGUUCGAUAAUUUAGUUCGCCUAUUUCUCACUGUCAUUGCCCACAAUCCUGGCAUUCAGCGGGCUGAGCGGUUUCUACGGUCAUUGCGGUUGCUGGCGCCGUUUCUCUACAACGCAUCUAAUUCAGCGCGAUCUGUCCUUCGUGACGGGAUUGAUGCGUUAAGCUCAAUCUUGAUGAAUAGGAGUGCACCGAAGAUGAAAGCUCCAGACGGUAGUCAAAUUCGUCCUCCAGAUGAUUUCAGCUACGAGCUUCUCGUGGAAGACGGCCAUGAGCCCCAACAAGCUCUGUCUCCAGGGGAUCUUCUAGGCAUGCGCCUUGAUUAUCUCUCUUUGGUUCUCGCAUUCACGCAAUCAGGGGGCGAUCUUGGUCGGGAAGCUUCCUAUCGCGUGCUGGAAUUAGUGAAGUUGAUCCUCAAGGAAUCCAUCACAAGCGGGGAACGGGUUGGUGUCUUUUUGGCCGAGUAUACUAGAACAAUGCUGCUUCGAAAUCCAGCUCCCAGCUUGAAGCACGUCGUUUCUCUUUUGACAGAUCUCUUCCCAGUCGUGAGUGCUUACUGCACGUCGGUCAACGUCUCUGGUGUCUUCGAUUCAAUUUCGGCCUUGUGUAACAAUACUGUCUUUGCCAAUGAGCCACAGUUCGCCCAACUGGUGAUUGGCAGGUACUGCAAGUCUGGCUUGGACGCUUGCGAACUGGCUGCUUCUGAGAGCUGGCUCCUGUCUUUGCCGCCGCGAAUGAGCAUUAUCAAACUCCUCAACUCCUCGGUGGCCCUCAUUGGUGGAGACGUACUAGAGGAACUGGAGAAACGCCCUCCAUCGUAUGAUUUCCUAACUGGUGUAGUGCUACCUUUCGUGUUGACUCUCAAAACAUCUGCGGAGCUCGCAACCGACGGUCAAUGGUCAGAUUCAUGGCGUCGAGACACGCACUCAAAGGCAUGGAUUCGUAUGCUUUCCUAUACUCUAACAACUUGUCAGAGCAUUUCUGGCAACAACGAAUCUCAAUCCAAACACAACCUCCUUGAACGCCGUAGAUCCCGAGACAGUCGCUCGCCUGCUCCAAACAGGAGGGUUGCUAUGGCGUUCAGCGUAACAUUGCAGAUAUUGAAGAUCAUUAUAAUUCGUGCGGAAGAAGAGUUGUCGGUAUUACCCUAUGGCUGGUUCAAAAUAGGCUCAAUUCUCCGAGACAUAUUGUCCGAGGGAGAUGCUACUUUUGCUUCAAGAUCAAAAGAUUACUCAGAGCCACCCUCGCCCUUACAAUCGCCGAAAGCGAGCAAUUUUAUGCCUGACGUGGAUAGCAACCCUUUUCUAGACCCUAGUGGCUCAUUACGAUCCGUCGAUAUCGAGCGUCUCUCGUCGCCACGUCUCAUCGACUACCUUACAUGGUCUUGUAUCGAAUGGCUUGUCCUUCGGAAGAGUCCAUUGAUGAUCCAGAUGCGAGGUUUCAUUCAGGAAAAAGUCGGCACGGUCAGUCAAGACCUCCCACAGGUCAAGUCGAGCCGUAGUAUGUCCUAUAGCGCCAGUCCCAUUAGCGUCCGUCGACCCUCAUCCAUUUUUGUGAAGCCACGUCGAAGCAUGGUCCCCGGCAGCGCCGGAACGUCAAGGGCCUCUACACCCCGGAAUUCUACCUUUCUGAACGUUUCAAUGUCCCUGCCUGCCUUUGACGAGACCAGUCUCAGUGCGUCCACACCGCGGAAAGAAAACCAAGGUCGACUUGCUGGCUACGCUCGCGAGGCAAGUCCGAUAUCGCCGUCAGGACGUACUGCGCGCGAAUCUGGGCCGAAAAUUAUACAUCUUGGACCUAUCACGUAUGGUGAUGGCGGUGCCCGAAGGUCGAUUUCACCUGGAUCUCGCAAGGGGUCAGCUGGCGGAGCACUAUCGGCGGCGAGUUUGAUAGUGACGACGGCUGCGCUCAAGCGCGAGACGUACCGUCGCAUACGUCUGGCCCAGACAUUCAUGGGCUAUACAGCGCUGCUCCCGGUGGGAAUAGGAAAUGAGGAUGAAGAUAAGGUGGAGGUCCGCGCUUGGACAAGGAAGGAUGCGGUUGAAGCUGUGCUACAGGAGAUGAAGGACUUAAUGGAGGAGUUUCGCGCUGGUGAGGAAUACACGGACGUGGGCGAAAACAGUGGAGUUCUGGUGGACGUCGAAGACCCAUCUUCCCCUUCCAAGCUGAUUUGA